UUCAGAUCUUUUGUCACCAUUGCAGAUGUUCCUGUCGGUUAUUCUACACCAAAGUUCCCAUCUUUAUAUUGGCCAGUGAACAAUAAAAUGUAUACGGUUUCAUAUCUUUAUUAUACCUAUGAUAUUUGGAAGUUCACUAUUUUUUGGAGCUUGAUCUUUUUCAUUGGAUUCUAUGGCGCUGCUGGGUUGUGGGCUGCACUUGUUCACAGGAAGCUCGCUGGGGGCUGUUGGAUUCUAGGAUUUUAUGUUCUAAUAGGAGGAGUACAGGGUAUAAUAUCCGGAACUGUUGUUGGGCUAGUGUUAUCAGCCAUUUACAGAGCUGGGUUAUUCUCAAUGUCAACAUGGAUUCCACUAUGCUCUGGAGUAUUUCAGAUCCUUUUCAAUGUUGUCACUUCAUAUUCGAUGAUGUCAGUUAUAUUCUAA